GCGACAUGUCGUCACGUGACAACGUAGAAAAUGGCGACCAGCAGCAGUGGAUUUUCUGCUUCAUAUUCUGCUAGACCAUUUGCGAGUGAAAGUCCCAGCUGUGACAACGGGCACUCGGAUUACUUCAAGAUGUGUGACAGGACAAAAACAGAGCAGUUGAAUGUCAUCCAUAUGCAUAUGGAGCUGAAAAAGAAGAAUAUUGAGGAAUUGAUGGAAAGGUUUGGAAAUGAACAGCCGCCACCUGCAAUAUUUCUUGAGGAAUACCAAGACUUGACAGAUCAACUGAGCGAGUUACAAGUCGAAGAACAGAGGAUAAACAAUGAGAUGAGCAAUGGCCACACCUCACCCAAUCUCCAGACCACACCCCCUCCAGAACCAUUAGAUCUACAUGCGCCCUUCUCCAGCAAACACAAUCUUGCUCCUCCCCUCAAAAAGGAAUUCGCCAACCAGCAGCACCCAAAGUCACCGCUUAGCCAAUCAGUGAGGGCUUUCUUGCCAAAUCAGCAGAGGACAUCGGUAUUGGCCAAGUCCGGAACCACCCUCAAAUAUUCUUUGUCCAGAGCUAUGAAGAUGAGGGAGUUGAAGCCAGAGAUGUGCAUAGUUUAUCGAGUCAAUCCCAGGAUGGCUCUGAGCUGGGAUACAGAUAUGAUGUACCUCGCUGGAGAAGAAAUAUCUGUAGAGUUGAAAGCACAGAAUUUCCCAGCGCCAAGUAGCAUAUCACAUAAUUUUGUCAGAAAAACCUUCUUUGCAAUAGCCUUUUGUGACAGCUGUCAGAAGCUGCUGUUCCACGGCUUCCGAUGUCAGACAUGCAGCUACAAAUUCCACCAGCGGUGUGCUAACAAAGUGCCCACAAUAUGCACAUCCACGACGGGAGACAACCUUUACAAGCUAUUAUUGGCAUUGAGAAAAGAAGAGGACUACAAUGAUUAUCAAGAUCCCUUCCCUGAUGAACCCGAAUCACCAUCGUCAGAUGAUCAAGAUUUCCCAAGGAAUACGUUACCACGGGAACGUUCCACGUCCGCACCUAAUAUCUGCCAAAAUGCAGUUAAUGUUCCUGGUAAACAGUUUGAUAGUGAAGCCUUUUCAAGAUUUGCUUUUCCAGUGAAACCUUCUCUAAAUCCAGAUGGACACCCUGCUCCUAGUGCUGCUGUUAACAUCCACGGCGGGGCUUACGGUGGACAUGGCAAAGUGCUCACCCCGAACAGUGCCGUUCAGGAUGGCGUCUUUGAUUAUGACCCCACUAACAUCGCCAACGGUUUAGCAUCUAGUUUACCAAACACUACGAACAUGAUAGUGCACAGUCCCAAAAGAGAAUCUGGAUCGCACAGUUCCCAGCCCUCCCCCACCCAUCAGCCUAAGUGGAAACACGUCCUUUCCGGGUCCGACUCUUCUUCUAAGGAUAACAAGAUCAAACCUGCCACGUUACCACAUAAGAGGACAAGAAGAGAUUCCAAUGAUGACUGGGAGAUACCAGCCGAUGAGAUUAGGUUAGGAUCAAGAAUAGGAGCAGGGUCAUUUGGAACUGUGUUCAGUGGACAGUGGCAUGGUUCUGUAGCAGUGAAGAGAUUGAAUGUCAAGGAUCCAACCCCAUCACAACUACAAGCAUUCAAGAAUGAGGUUGCUGUACUUAGGAAAACUAGGCAUGCCAAUAUUCUGCUAUUCAUGGGAUGCACCUCCAAGCCCCAGCUAGCAAUCGUCACCCAGUGGUGUGAAGGCUCGUCGCUCUACAAACAUCUCCAUGUUCUAGACUCCAAAUUUGUCAUGCAUCAGCUAAUUGACAUCUCAAGACAAACGGCACAGGGUAUGGACUAUCUCCAUGCAAAGAACAUCAUCCAUCGAGAUCUGAAAUCAAACAAUAUCUUCCUGCAUGAUGACCUAACAGUGAAGAUAGGUGACUUUGGUCUAGCUACAGUCAAAUCAAGAUGGAGCGGUUCACAACAAUUUGAACAGCCAUCAGGGUCGAUACUUUGGAUGGCACCAGAAGUGAUUAGGAUGAGAGAUCCCAACCCCUACUCAUUCCAGUCUGAUGUCUAUGCAUUUGGAGUGGUUCUCUUUGAGUUAGUCACACAAUCCUUGCCCUAUCAGAACAUCAAACACAAAGAUCAGAUCAUCUGGAUGGUCGGGCGUGGGUACUUACAGCCCGAUCUCACCAAGGUUCGUAAUGACACCCCUAAAGCACUCAAGAGACUCAUUACAGAUUGCUAUGCUCUCAACAGAGAUGAGAGACCGUUGUUUCCUGUGAUUUUGGCAGCAUUAGAGAGCUUGGCCAGGCAGCUACCCAAGAUCCACCGCAGUGCAUCAGAGCCUUCGUCGCUAAAUCGGGCAAGGUUACAUUCAGACGAUUUCAUGUACUGUCCUUCCCCCAAGACCCCCAUUCAAAGCCAAUUCGCUGUCUUCCCAUUUGACAUGCGGGGAUGAUGACCGUCUAUACUGCGACAAACGAUAGACUUGGCUUCUGACGUCCGACUAAACACCCAAUUUGGGGAAACGGAGUAUAUGAUGACGUGACUUGUGGGACAUUUGAACACAAAAUUAUCUUGGAACUUAUUGACAGAUAGUGUUAACACUAAAGGCAGUGGAGAAGGAUAAAGAUGUCUGUUUGUUUGAUGGCAGAAAAAGCAAGCAUUCUUCAGGAGCGGAUGUAUGCUACUCUGUAUAUCUGGCGCCUUAGCUAGGAAAAAUUCAAGAUAGACUUGUGCACGUGAAUUUUAGAGGUAGAAGUUGUGCAAUGACGAGAGAACGUGCUUCAUAUUAUGUAACAUAAUUCUAUUGAAACAAACGAAAUCAGAUGAGGACGAUGCACACCAGAGAUGAAUUUCUUUCUGCUUCACUUUCCUUGGAGCUGUUCUGUACGAAGUUCGAUAUAUAGAUAUUGAUGCACGGAUCUUACAAGGAAAAUGAUGAAUAGAAUGGGAAAAUGCUCCAUGACCGGGUCGAGAAACAUACAAUGAGGCAGGUUGUUCAGGAGAAAGCGGAAUUAUUCUCUAUUAACGCAACAGCAGCGAUCAUCAAACUUGGCGAAGAUGAAAGUUUGGAGAUGUGCUAUGUGGCGAAAUGGAGACGGAAUCAUGGAGCUCAUUUGUAGAUUUUUCAUAAAAAUUAUCAAUAGUCAAGUAAAGCACACUCACUCACACACACACACACUACGCAUAUGAUUGAAGUAACAUAUUUCAUGUAGAUCAUUAUAUACAAAUUUCUGGACAUAUAUGUAUGUUUUUUAUGUAGAUUAGAAAGGUCAAGGUUCACUAAUAAUAUGUGCGGACUGUUGAUUGAGAUCUAUUGUGUGCUGCUGAGGCAGAAAUUUAAAUUGAAAAGCUAGUGACUACUGGGGGAAUGAUUUAUUUGUUGUAAAGGAAUUAAGUUAUACUCAACAAUCACCCUUGGUAUCAUCACUGCAUACGUCAUUGCACUUUUGAGUAUACAUUGAACAAUUUUAAAAUGUUAAUUGAAAACUGUUUUAAACAAAUCUGUCUGAAAUUUUAUCCUCCUCUGUCACAGAUGAACUUUUGAUCCCAUUCAUUCCAUUGCAUUAAUCAUAUUACAACCGAUAAACACUUGCAUGAUUCUGUUGCAAGAUGAAGGCUAGGCAAUUGGGUGGACUCACAAUACGGUGCUCCAUAUAUCGGUUGCAGCGGACAGACUGAAAUUCGCGAUGCCUUAUGGGAAAAAAAUCUGUUGCACGCGCUGUUAUUAAAGUGCAUGUGUGCAUGCGAUUAUCCAGCGCCGGCCGACGAGGUUCGACCGGAAAUGCUGUUCACUGGGGUCCAGGAGGUGGGAGAGAGAUUUGCCUGCAUAUUUCUGUGUGAAAUUUAGACCGUUUUGGGCGAAUUCUUGCCAUA